CAGGAAAAUUAUGAGCGAAUGAAAGCACUAGUAAGAGAGCUCCAGGAACAAGCAGAAAAAAUCAAAUUAGGAGGUGGAGAAAAGGCCCGUAAGCUUCACACAUCAAGAGGAAAGCUGUUACCCAGAGAGAGAAUUGACAGGCUUAUUGAUCCAGGGUCUCCAUUCUUGGAGUUCUCCCAGUUUGCAGGUUACCAGUUGUAUGGUAAGGAAGAGGUACCAGCAGGAGGCAUUAUCACAGGCAUUGGACGAGUGUCUGGGUUGGAGUGCUUGAUUGUUGCUAAUGAUGCAACUGUCAAGGGAGGUACCUAUUAUCCCAUCACUGUUAAGAAACAUUUACGUGCUCAAGAAAUUGCAAUGCAAAAUCACCUACCAUGUCUGUAUUUGGUUGAUUCUGGAGGAGCCAAUUUACCUCGGCAAGCAGAAGUAUUUCCAGAUCGAGAUCAUUUUGGUCGUAUUUUUUAUAACCAAGCAGUCAUGUCCUCGCAAGGAAUUCCACAGAUAGCAGUAGUAAUGGGAUCCUGCACGGCAGGAGGAGCAUACGUACCUGCAAUGGCAGAUGAAAGUAUUAUUGUUGGCAAACAGGGAACAAUAUUCUUGGGAGGACCACCACUGGUUAAAGCAGCAACGGGUGAGGAGGUAUCAGCAGAGGAUCUUGGAGGGGCUGAUCUUCACUGCAGAAAAUCUGGUGUAACAGAUCAUUAUGCUUUGGAUGACAGUCAUGCACUUCACCUAGCUAGGAAAGCUAUAAGAAGUUUAAAUCGACAAAAGAAAGUAGAUGUGACCAUAGAACCCUCAGAAGAGCCUUUAUUUCCUGCUGAUGAAAUAUAUGGAAUAGUUGGUGACCAACUAAAAAGAAACUUUGAUGUCAAAGAGGUCAUUGCGAGAAUUGUGGAUGGAAGUAAAUUUGAUGAAUUCAAAGCCUUAUAUGGGGAUACUUUAAUCACAGGAUUCGCAAGAAUAUUUGGUUAUCCAGUGGGAAUUAUUGGAAACAAUGGAGUUCUCUUCUCAGAGUCAGCAAAAAAGGGCACACAUUUUAUCCAGUUGUGUUGUCAAAGAAAUAUUCCUCUCGUGUUUUUGCAAAAUAUUACAGGUUUCAUGGUUGGUAGGGAAUAUGAAGCUGGAGGGAUAGCAAAAGAUGGUGCCAAGAUGGUAACUGCUGUAGCGUGUGCCAAUGUACCCAAAAUAACAGUAAUUAUUGGUGGAUCCUAUGGUGCUGGAAACUAUGGGAUGUGUGGAAGGGCAUAUAGUCCAAGAUUUCUUUAUAUGUGGCCAAAUGCUCGCAUAUCUGUGAUGGGAGGGGAACAAGCUGCAACUGUUCUAGCUACGAUAGCUAAGGACCAGAAAGCAAGAGAAGGAAAACAGUUAUCUGAGGCAGAUGAAGCAGCUUUGAAGGAGCCGAUCAUUAGGAGGUUUGAGGAGGAAGGAAACCCUUAUUAUUCCAGUGCAAGAUUGUGGGAUGAUGGGAUUAUUGAUCCGGCUGACACAAGACUGGUUUUGGGCCUCAGUCUCAGCGCAGCGCUUAAUGCACCUACUAAGAAGACAGAAUUUGGGAUUUUCAGGAUGUAAUACAAAUGUCACCAUUACCUGUGUAUAUUUUAACUGGGCCUGGAGAGCAAAUUCUCUGCAGCAUUGAGGUGUUUUAAACUGAUGAAAAAAAUAAAAAUUUAUAUCGUACCCUUUCAUAUGGAAGUGUCCUAAUUAUAUGUGUUCACUGAGUAAUCCUCACACUGCACUAUAGUGUUUUAACACUGAUUUCAGG